AUGGAGAUCGGUUUCUUGGAAACCCUAAAAACCCAACCUUUAUGGACCUCCAAAGAACAUCAAGAAAUAUGGAUCAUGGGCACUUGUCUUAACUUGAUCUUGGUGGGUCGAAACCCUAAGAAACUAGAGGACGUUUCCUCUGAGAUUCAAUCCAAAUUCUCAAAAACCCAGAUCAAGAAUGUCAUUUUUGAUCUUACCGGUGAUUUAUCGGAAGGUAUCAAGAAGAUUACUGAGGCAAUCGAGGGGUUAGAUGUUGGGGUUUUGAUAAACAAUGCUGGGAUUUCAUAUCCUUACGCUAGGUUUUUCCAUGAAGUCGAUGAUGAAUUGUUGAAUAAUUUGAUUAAGGUUAAUGUUGAAGCGACUACUAAAGUGACACAAGCAGUAUUACCGGCGAUGUUGAAGAGAAAGAGAGGCGCAAUCGUGAAUAUUGGCUCUGGUGCUGCUAUCGUCAUCCCAUCAGAUCCUCUUUAUGCUGUUUACGCUGCAACAAAAGCGUAUAUCGAUCAAUUUUCAAGGUGUUUGUAUGUUGAAUACAAGAACAGUGGGAUCGACGUCCAGUGUCAGGUUCCAUUAUACGUAGCAACGAAGAUGGCGUCUAUCAAAAGAUCUUCGUUUUUUGUACCAUCACCGACCGGAUAUGCCAAGGCGGGGCUACGGUGGUUGGGGCAUGACCCACGCUGCACAGCUUACUGGCCUCACUCCGUCAUCUGGGCUUUGCUAAACUCGUUGCCGGAGUUUGCCGUGGAUUCUUGGCGCCUAGGGUUCUGCCUCCAAAUCAGAAAGAGGGGGCAACUCAAAGAUUCCCGGAAAAAAGAAUAGUGAUUAAAAAAACAUCACUUGUAGCCUAAAUGGCAUGUAUCAUGUAUGUUGUAUCUUCUUGGAACGAAGAUCUUGUAAUAGUAACUUAUUUGAAUCAUAAUAAAUCUAAUCCGGUUGAGUAUAAGAAAUGGCAAAAAAGAAGAUAUAUAAAUAUAUGUUUUCGAAGAGAAGUUGAUUAACAAGAAAUGCGAUUACAAGAUUACUAGUUCAAUGUACCCAAUUUAUAUAUAUAUGAUUGAUCAAUUUCUCAUUUUGUUGAUCUGGUUAAGAGCAGGCUGUAAAAUGUUGUAGAGCACCCAAAGAAUAGCAGGUGCGACAACAAUCAAAAGAAGUUGCCCUCUAUUGUCGUUAGCAGCGGCUUCAGCGGCGGCGGCGGCCUCCGGCGUAGCCAACAGCCCAGAAGAUGCGGCUAAACCACCACCGAUUCCAAGCCCAACCACCACUCCUUUGGUCCUCAUCUUGUUGAUCUGGUUAACCGCAGGUUGAAAGAUGUUGUACAGCACCCAUGCGAUGGCUGGAACGAGAGGUAAGAGAAGAGCGAUUCCACGGUUGUCUCCUUCUGCAAUGUCGGCGAUCUGUUGUACGGCAAAAGCAGGGUCGCAUGAGUUCAAGGUGGAGAAGAUUGCUCCGGCGAUGGCGGUUCCGGUGAGGGAGAUGGUGGCGGGUUUUGAGGAGGUUAGGGAUUUGGGAAGGUUUUGGACGGAGAUGAGAGAGAUGGGUUUGUUGGGGGUUGGUUUAGAGGGUUUGGCGGAUGUCAUGCACUUGGCGUUAAGCAUGGCCAUGGUGGUUGAUAGUGUGGCUGCCAUUGGAGGUGGUGAUGUUAAAGAUUGGAGCUUUUUGGAGUCACGGAAUUGGAGUGAUGGGCGAAAAUGGGCAUAUAGGAAGUGAGAGCCAAUGGGGAUAGUGGAUUCGAGAUUGUGGUCUUAUCCUGUGGAGGAUUGUGGGGAGAUUUAAGCCUCAUAUUUGAGUCCCCACUUUGCUUUUCUUAUCACUUACCUUGGCUACCACCGGAUUGUGCUUAAGAUUAAACUAGUCAAAAUACAUAUGUGUACAUAUCAAAUAUCUCACAUGUCUUUGCUCUUGCUUUUUGGUUUCCUCAUUUUGAUUAUGAUCAAGGAAAAACAAAAGGGAAAUUUUCUAAUCUUGAUACAAGGGAUAUAUGAUAAUGCAAGAUAGACAUUAGUAUGAAGUAUUGAAGUGAGCAGGGAAAAUGUUACAAAUCUAUAGAUAACUAGGUGAAUGUCUGCGUGUUGCGUAAAAACACUUAUAUAGUUGAAGUUUUUAUAAAUAUAUGUUUUUUUUUUAAAUAUAACAGUAACGUUGUUGUUAAAUUUUAUAUAAU